AUGGAGCCUAAUUCUAUUCAGAACGAAUACUUCAGUAGUUAUGAAGAUUUAGAGGUUCAUAGAUUAAUGCUAGAGGAUAAUCCAAGAACCUUGGCUUACAAAAAUGCUAUAAUGAACAACAAAUCUUAUUUCAAAGGCAAAAUCGUUAUGGAUGUUGGUUGUGGUACUGGUAUUCUUUCAAUAUUCUGCGCUCAAGCUGGCGCGAAAAAGAUAUAUGCAGUAGAAGCAAGUAAUGUGGCAAAUUUAGCCAGAGAAAUUGUCAAAGAAAACAAAUUCGAAGAUGUCAUUGAGGUAAUUCAUAGCUAUGUUGAAGAUGUAGUGUUACCAGACAAUAUAAAAGUAGACGCAAUAAUCUCAGAGUGGAUGGGAUUUUAUUUGCUGCAUGAAGGGAUGUUGGACUCUGUAUUAAUAGCACGUGAUAAGUUUCUAAAAGUGAACGGCGAAAUGUUCCCUGAGAGUGCUACUAUUUAUAUUUCCCCUUGUAGUGUUCCAACUUUAUACAAGAAAUGGGAUAACUUCCAUGGUUUAUCUAUGACCUCAGUGGCUAAUCAACUACGUGCAUCAAAAUGCAACAAACCAGAGAUUAUGGUGGUUGAGGCAGAAGAUAUAAUUGGCUCUGAUGAAGUUGUCUUAUGCUGGAUCAACCUGAAAGAAGAUAUAGUGUCUGAGGUUGACUCAUUCAGUAUAGAACAUGUUGUUGGUGCUAAAAAGGACGGCAUAUACCAAGGACUGUGUCUUUGGUUUGACGUUGUUUUCCCUGAUUUGACUGGCAGUAAUGAUAAUGUCAGAUUAGACACAGGUCCUUUUAGCUCUCCAACGCAUUGGAAACAAACAGUCAUUGUGCUGCCACAAGAGCAGGUAGUGGAAGUUGGUGAUCCAAUUGCCUUCCAGAUGGAUAUGACUAGAGAUGCCAGCAACAGGAGAAGGUACAAUAUACAAGUCUCGCUUUUAGACCCGGAUGAAGCUGAACAUCCCCUCCCAUGUACUUGCCACCUAACAAAAUGCAUACUUGUAAAAGCAUAUAUGGAUCAGCAUCCUGAAAAGGUCCCAGUAACAGAACAAAUGGACACAAAUUGUUUACAAGAAGAUCCUAUUGAUGAUGAUUGA